AAAACUGUAUGAAUUCACAUGAUGAUAUAAAGGAGGGAUGGGCAACUGGCGGCCCCGGGCCAUUUUUGUCAUAAAUCUUGCUAGGAAGUGCGCUACCCCUUCAAUCAUUUAAGUUACCCAUUCCUGAUAUAAGGGUUAUAUUUGCAACAUAAGCAGGCAGUGCUAUAUGUGUCACAAAAGCAACUACAACAGCAGACUAGUGUCUGAAAAAACACCCAGUUAAGUUAAGUACUGUUACUGUUUACAAAAAGUAUAGUGAUAUUAAAAUAUGCUCAAAAACAUAGUAAACAACAACAAACUAAAGGUAUACUUAAUACUCUUGUGGCUAAAUAAUGUGAUUGAUGUGAAAAAAAUGUGUAAUGCUCUUCUUCGCCCUCCAUUGUCUAGCACGCACGAGCAGACGAUGUGAAACAGCGCCCUCUGCGGUCACAGUUCCUGAUGGGUCACAGAUUUCGGUGUAACACCUGUUUAACGUUUAAUUCCGUAACUGUUAGCAUAUAGGUGCACUAACAUCACUAUGACCGCAUCGUCUCUGGCGCUAACGGCUGAAGCGCGCGGCGCCUCAACGGUAAACGAUAACGGUUAUGACUCAACCGUUAACGUAAGUGAAGUUCACCUGAUACGGGCUGAAUAAGAAUCUCAUUUGUCAGCGGUCAACCAACAAACACAAAACAGCGAGCCUUUGGGGGAAAAGGAACAGCACUUCGAGAGCAUGUGGUCUACUGAGUUUAGGAAGGAAGAGUGUUACAUUCUCCAGUGAGAGCCAGAAGCCCACUAGUGAGGAUGAAGGUCCAGACAGAAAUAAAGCCAUCAAAUUUGAAAAGGACUUUAAGAUGCUUUAUGAAUACUUUAGUGCAAAGGUAUUUGAAGCACUGGUCAAAUCAACCAAACUUUCUCUGGAUAUCUUGAAAAAGAGUAUUUGUGUUCCUAGCUCUACAUCAAUAAAAGGGACGUUUGGUAAUUUCCAGAAGUCAAUAUCUGAGAUUAAGGUAGUCCCGCUCAUAACAUGUGCAGUCCAGCUGGUUAUUCCCAAAGUGGUAAUUAUUCCAAAUGUAGAUGAGAUCCAACAGGGCAUAAAUCAACUAACUGACAUGGUGUUGGAAAUCAGCAAGGGCAUUGUAUGGCAGCAGGGCUACAGUCUCGAUGGUGCAAAUAAGACAGGUAUCGCAAAAGGUCAAACUCUGGAAACCAUGGCUCAAUCUUGAUGCCCCAGAGGACGGUGUGAUCCCAGAUGGAUACAACUCCCUUGAUGUCUUCCUUAAACUUUUGUUGAUAAGGUCUUGGUGUCCUGACCGUACCUUGUCUCAGGCCAAAAAGUAUGUAGGAGAAUCCCUGGGCGAGAAGUUUGCAGAGCCGGUCAUCUUGAGCCUUCACGGCACAUGGGAGGAGAGUGAUCCUCGCACGCCUUUAAUUUGCUUCCUUUCUAUGGGUUCAGAUCCCACAGACCAAAUUGAAGCACUGGCUAAGAAACUGAACCUUGAAUGCAGAGCUGUCUCCAUGGGCCAAGGACAGGAGGUGCAUGCAAGGAAGCUUCUUAAGACAUCAAUGAUGCAGGGCGGAUGGGUCCUUCUGCAAAAUUGCCACCUGGGCCUGGAAUUUUUGGAUGAGUUGCUGGAAACUAUCUCAACGGAAGAGACCAUGCAUGAUACCGUCAGGGUUUGGAUCACCACAGAACCACACGAUCAUUUCUCCAUCACACUCCUACAGUCCUCCAUAAAGUUUACCAACGAUCCACCCCAAGGAGUGCGUGCUGGCUUGAAAUGAACAUUUGCCGCAAUUUCCCAGAACCAGUUGGAAGUCAGUAACCUGCCCAUGUGGAAGCCUAUCCUAUACAGUGUGGCCUUUCUCCACACCGCUGUACAGGAACGACGUAAAUUUGGACCAUUGGGUUGGAACAUACCAUAUGAAUUUAACUCCGCUGAUUUCACUGCAAGUGUCGAAUUUGUUGAGAGACACUUGGAUGAUUGCGGACCCAGGAAGGAUGUCUCUUGGGUCACUGUGCGAUACAUGCUAGCCGAAGUGCAAUAUGGAGGAAGGGUGACCGAUGACUAUGACAAACGCCUACUCAAAUGUUUUGCCCGUGAGUGGUUCAGUAAAAAGAUGUCUGACCCGUCCUUUUGCUUCUAUACGGGGUACAACAUUUCUGUGUGCAAGACAGUGGACGAGUACAAGGAAUGUAUUCAGAACUUGCCCGCUAUAGAUUCACCUGAGGUGCUGGGGCUGCAUUCCAAUGCUGAUAUCACGUAUCAGACAAACACAUCUGCUGAGGUGCUAGACACAAUCACAAAUAUCCAGCCGAAGGAAAGCGGCGGUGGAUCAGGAGCGACCCGCGAGUCAAUCGUUUACAAAUUGGCGCAGGACAUGUUGGAUAAACUGCCCCCUAACUAUGUGCCACAUGAGGUCACAUCCAGGCUGCUGAAGAUGGGAGCUAUGAACCCAAUGAACAUCUUCCUACGUCAGGAGGUCGAUCGAAUGCAAAGAAUCAUCAAUGUGGUUCGCAUUAGUCUGACUGAGCUGAAACUAGCCAUUGAUGGCACUAUCAUAAUGAGCGAGAACCUCCGUGAUGCCCUGGACAAUAUUUUUGAUGCCCGUGUGCCAAACCUGUGGAGGAAAAUCUCCUGGGAGUCGUCCACACUGGGCUUUUGGUUCACAGAGCUUCAGGAGAGAAACAAACAGUUCAAUAGCUGGGUGUUUAUUGGCAGACCUAAAACAUUUUGGAUGACAGGCUUCUUCAACCCGCAAGGGUUCUUGACGGCUAUGAGGCAAGAAGUAACAAGGGCUAACAAAGGAUGGGCUCUGGACAGAGUCACGCUGACCAACAAAGUGCUAAAGCAUUUACAGGAUGAGAUCACAGCAUCACCCAGAGAGGGAGUUUAUGUUCAUGGUCUGUACCUGGAGGGCGCUGGCUGGGACAAGAAGAACACCCAUCUCAUUGAGUCCUCAGCCAAAGUGCUAUUCACAGCCUUGCCUGUCAUCCACAUGUUUGCCAUCAACUCCACUGCCCCCGUGGAUCCGAAGCUGUAUGUCUGCCCCGUCUACAAGAAACCGAGGCGAACAGACCUGAAUUACAUCACAGCAGUGGCGUUGCCGACCAUGAAGUCCCAGUCCCCAGAUCAUUGGAUCAUGCGUGGGGUUGCCCUGCUCCGUGACAUCAAAUAAAAUACAGCUGCCCGUCUUUAUUAAUAUGAAAUGUUGCUUAAAUGAAAAAUAAAAAUAUUUUUAAUCUGA